AAAAAACACACACACACACACAAAAGAAGCAGCAGUUUUCAAAAUGUGUAACAAAAAAUGGUACAUUGUGUUGGUCACAACAUUGGUGUUUAUGGUUGCAUGCAGUGGUGUUAAGGCCGCUGAUCAAAAUGUGCAUCCAAGCUGAGUGCGGUGAUGUCAUGCGUUUCGUUUGCUACGGGGAAAGAAGCAACACCAGAGAAAAAAUGGUGUGUUUCCAUUAAGGAAAUGAAAGAUAGUAACCCGGCUUGUUUGUGUUUAAUUAUUUAGAAACUAAUCUAUUGAAACAAAAUUACAAAAAUAUAUAUCUUGUGAAAAAAAAAGUCCUAAAUAAAAGAAAGAGAUAAGAAUUAGAAGUUGUGGGUGUGAGUCAUUCAUGAGCCAUUUCACUCUUACCGAAUCUGAGGUUGCCAAGAUGUUUUUAUGGAACCUCUGACCGAAAAGGAGGUCAGAGGAUAUCCAGAGGUUUUAUGGAAAAACAAACAAGUCAUCUACCUAAUAGCCCAAGUAAAAGGUUGGGAAAUAUAUGAGGUUGGGCUUAGAAAAAAAAAGGAUAGAUAUUGGUUGCCCUAACUCUAUGGUGAUUUUUGUUCUCUCCAUAUAAUCCAUUGUACUUCUCCAUUAAUGCUCCCACACCACCCCCUAUCUCUAAUUCUCUAUCAUAUCAAAAUCACAGAUUUGUAGUAACAUUUCUAUGAAGGAUGGUCCAAAGUUCAGUUUGACAUUUUCAAAUGAAGGAUAGUCAUAUUGGAUCAUCAAUGUGCUCGAUCCUCCGAUUAAUUGUACUUUUUUCCCUUUAUUACCUCUCACAUCCUAAAAAACUCCAUUCAUGCCUUGGAAUCCCACUUGGUAGAGGUUAUAACGGUUCUCACUACCAUAAUGCGCCGUGAUGAUUUCUACUAAGUAAUGCCCUCAUUUGGAAAACAACAUAAUCAGAAUAGGUGUAACAGUAGAAUAUUCCUAUUCUUUCUUGAGAGAGCAGUGUAUUAAUUUAGAAUGUAUCGCUUUUGUAGUCUCUCACGGUUCUUUUCCCACCAUCGUAAGCCAUCGUCUAUUCCAACACUCUAGGAUUGCGUAGAAACAAAAUGAUCUCAACCAAUUUAGCAUGUACAAUAGUUUACCCUUUAUCACUUACCCUAAUUUGCAUAGUUGACUCUCACCGCCACUCUGUCGAUAUUGUACUAAAGAACUUGUAUAUAGAAAUUUUAAAUACAAUGGUAAUAAUUACCUAAAUGUGAUUCUACAGAGCUCUCUAGUGCCAUCUAAGGAACUGGUUAUAAAAACUUGAAGAUUAUCAUCAUUCAAGACACUUCUUCAUCACUAUAAAUAUCGACACACUCUGUCCAUCCCACCUCUUCAUCACCAUAAAUGCUACCUGAUCCUCGUGUUGCAUUAUCAUUCACGUCUUCAUCACCAUAAAUGUUAUCUAAUCCUCCUGUUGCGGCCAAAUAAGCAUGCAUCUUGGCUUUUUCAAGCUAAUUUUGCAAAGAUCGCUUUCACGAUUUCGGAAGCGGGACGCUUCACUUGGAUAUCGUCUUGGUUAGGACCGCAUGCAAAUCAUUUUGUUGAUCGUACCCACGUCGUCCUAAAGCUUGAUGGAGAAUUUGACUAUAAGAAGUUAGUUCAAAGCCUGGUCCUUGUUGUCCCAAAUGGCAUUGAAAGCAGACGAUCAAUGCAUUUUGAAUCUUAAGUGAUACAUUUAGUAUAGCCAAACAUAAUCUUGACGAGCUUUUGGAUGAAGAUGACCCCAACCCUUUGCUAUGUAGAAGAGCAAGGGUUUAUGUUGCUAUGCUAUGUCGGCCUACCAUACAAAAGUUAGCAGAAAAAGCCAGGAUGCGUGCUGAGUUAGCCACAACAAUAUGAGGAUGAAGGUCAGGUAGCAUCAUAUGGUGAUGAAGGCACGAGUGAUAAAGCAAUAUGAGGAUCAUGUAGCAUUUAUGGUAAUGAAGAGGUGGUGUGGACAAAGUGUGUUGAUAUUUAGAGUGACGAGGAAGUGCCUUGGAUGAUGCGAGAUGAUCUUCAAGUUUUUAUAACCAUGCUCGAUGGCACUAGAGAGCUCUACAGAGUCACAUUUUGGCCUAGAGUGUUCGGAUGAGAUGAUGGCUUACGAUGGUGGGAAAAGAACUAUGAGAGACUACAUACGCGAUACCUUCUCAAUUAGACAUUCCUUUUGUUUUAGCUGCCCGUGCAACUUAAUUUGGCUACUAAUUGCUGAGUAUGAGAAAUUGGUGAAACAAAAUAGGGAUGAAAAAAUGCAUCAACAAGAAGGGGCAGAUUUAAAUUUCCUUGGUAAUCUCUGGCAUGUGAGGAAGAUGGAAAUACUUUCGGGCAUUGCUGAUAUGAAAGAUGAGUUCCUGUCAUUCCUGAUCAAUUUCUUGCAUUGUAACUUACGCCCCAUAUCUAUCCAAUAUCAUCUCUGUAUGUGUUUUACAACAAUCCUUUGAUGGAUCGAAGCCAAUCACAUCUGAUGAUAGAUGUCCACCAAGUGUUUGAUAACCAUAAGAUACACUGGCGUAGGGAGUGAUCUGUUUAGAGGUCUGGCUUUUGCAACUAAAUUUAGUUCUACUACUCUCUAUUCAUGUACUAGUCAACCGCCUCUUGUUUGGCUUGUUUUACGAGAAUGUUAUCUUAAAGCGUGAAACUAGCAACUUUUUUCAUUUCUGUCUAAGAAGUGAUAAUCUUGAUCA